UCGAAAAUUUCAUUUCGCGAAAAUGCGACUGCUGGCAGUCGAAAGCCCCACAUCAAACUUUACUUUCGUUCCGAGCGGUUGGCAUCGCAAUUUCGCCUGAGACGCGCCAUUCUCGUUGCCAGCGCUCCAGUGAAAUUGCACAACAGCCGACGCAGGACCGCAGCUGUCAAACAUAAUCCACACGAAUUACAUCUGAUCUCGCAGAGCGCACUAAUUGCUUUGGGCAACUAGGAGGGGAUCAACGCAGCCAAUUAGCCAGUCGUGGGGAUGAGUCGCAGUCGCAAGCUCAUCUUGAUUCCCGGAUAGAAACGUGGAAACGCUGGCCUUAACUGCUGCGAGUGCGAGGAAGCGCAAUGUUGGAGGUGGACAGGAUCCUGGAGAAGUGCGGCGACUUCAGCCGCCUGCAGCUGAUCAUGCUGCUGCUCUUCUGUGUGAUCAACGUGCUCUCCGCCCUGCACUACUACUCCCAAACCAUCAUCAGCUUCGUGCCCAAGCACUGGUGUGCAGAUGGCCUGCCCCUCAGCAGUGAGGCGCCGGUGGAGUCGAGCUGCCUGCCGCUGGGCCGGAAUAUGAGCACUCCGGAUAGCUGCUACAGCUAUAACUACGAGCUGUACAUGGGCUACCAGAGCUUUCCCAGCGAAAUGGAUUGGGUGUGCGCCGAUGCCUGGAAGCUCACGCUGGGCCAGUCCAUGUUCUUUGUGGGCUCUGUGGUGGGCUCCAUGGUGCUGGGCUACCUGGCGGAUGUGGUCGGACGUCUGCCCAUUCUGAUCGUGGCCAACCUGAUUGCCAUGACAGGCAAUUUACUGACCAUAUGGAGCAGCAAUGUCACGCUCUUCUGUGUGUUUCGCAUGGUUUCCGGCUUCGCCACGGACAGCAACUUUGUGAUGAUGUAUAUCUUGGUUAUGGAGUACAUGCGGCCAGCAGUGCGCACCCUGGGCCUGAGCAUCUGCAUCGGGUUCUUCUACUGCCUCGGCUCGAUGGCGGCGCCUUGGAUCGCCGUGCUCAUGCGCAGCUGGCGGGGAUUCCUGCUGGCCACCUCCCUGCCCCUGCUGGUGGUGCCGCUCUUCUACCUCGUGGUGCCUGAAAGCAUUCAGUGGCUGAUUUCCAAGCAGAAGUACGACAGCGCCGUCGUCUGCCUGAAACGGGUGGCCAGGAUAAAUGGGCGGCACGUGCAGGAGAGUGCCUACGAGGAGUUCAUCGAGGAGUGCAAGCGCAGUCAGCAGAACCAGAAGGCGUCCACCCACCUCCUGGGCCUGUUCAAAACGCCCCGGCUCCGGCGCCACACGCUCAUACUCUUCUUCAAGUCCAUGGUCAUCACCCUCUGCUACGAUGCGGUUUCCCGCAACGUUCAGGGCCUUGGCAUUUCGCCAUUUGCGAUGUUCUCGCUGAGCGCCACCGCCAUUCUGCCGGCCUGCCUGCUCAUCAUCGCCCUCCAAGAUCGCAUCGGGCGCAAGGCGAUGGCGUCCGCCUCCCUGCUGCUCAGUGGCAUUUUCAUCUCGGUCACCGGAGGCAUCAUCUUCGCCGCUUCUGCCUCGGAUAAGACCACCACUUUGCUGGUGAGCCUGUCCGUAGUGGGUCGCUUUGGAGUGACGGUGGCCUACAACUCCGGAGCGCAGUACGCCACCGAGCUGAUCCCCACCUGCGUGCGCGGCCAAGGAGUGGCUGCGGUCCACGUGGCGGGCUAUGCCUUCACCUUCUUCAGUGCGUACAUCCUGUUCACGAGGAGCGUGUUCUCGCCGCUGCCCGAGAUCAUCCUGGGCGUGCUCUCCUUGUUGGGGGCGUGUCUGUGCCUCCUGCUGCCGGAAACCCUUCACCGCACCUUGCCCACCUCUCUGGAAGAUGGCGAGAACUUCGGAAAGAAUGAUCGCUGGUACACCUUUACUUUUCUGGACAGACGCACUCAGUCCGCAGCCACCCUGGACACCCAGAACGUCAAGAUGUACUCGCAAUCCACGGAGUCGGCCGUCUACUUUUGAGUAAAUAUGUUUGGAAUGCCGAACUCGGUUGUGUAUUUUCAGUGCAAGUAAUGUAAUGUUUUUCAAAUGUGUACACUAAAAACUUUCUUAGUUACAAGUGAUCAAACAAUAAACGAAUAUAUUACAAAAUCCGAA